AUGACAAGUCCUCUCCCGUUGGAAGCAGUGAUGUCGUUGCCACAGCACCGCACGGGGCCGUCCCCGGCUCCCAAGACGCUGGCCUUCUCCAUCGACCGCAUCAUGUCCAAGGGCUCGGAGUCGAGGGGGAGCCCGGCGGAGGACGCCGAGGGCAAAAAGUUGCUGGGUCUCUGCUCGCCCAUCCCCUGCAUGAUCCCGAUACAGCCGUUCAGCUACGACCUGCAAGCCAAGGCGCUGAUGAACUACACCGAGUUGUGGAAAGCCAACCUGCGGGGGACGCUGUGCGGCUCCUCGGUCGCCUGCAAGGCCACUUGCGGGAUGUGCGGCAAGCUGGACGCCGGCGCGAAGCACCCUCUGUUGCCGGGCAGCAGGGUGAUAAAGCCGCAGGUGGUCCACCAAGCCAUGGCGAUGCCCGCCGGCGGCUCCCUGUACUAUCUCAACUACCUGGACUCGGCCUACCCGCCGUCGGAGCUGCUCGGCGGCCACCUGUUCUCCUCGGCCUUCGCCGGCUCGCACGCGCAGGCGUCCAUCUCCGCGCACCACAAGCUGCUGCUGCUGGAGAACGCCAAGCUGGCCGGGGUGGCGGCCGACAAGUUCCCCACGCCCCAGUACCCCCACAAGGAGCACCUCCCCGGCCAGCUGGACCAGAUAGUCAAGGAGAGCCACCACGGCCUGAGCUCGGAGAAGAGCGGCGUCAAAGCGCACAGCAAAGCCAGCGGCGCCGCCGCCGCCGACGGCAAGCCCAAAAACUUCACGUGCGAAGUGUGCGGGAAGGUGUUCAACGCCCAUUAUAAUCUGACCCGACACAUGCCGGUGCACACGGGCGCGCGGCCCUUCGUCUGCAAAGUGUGCGGUAAAGGAUUCCGCCAGGCGAGCACGCUGUGCAGACACAAGAUCAUCCACACCCAGGAAAAGCCUCACAAGUGCAGCCAGUGCGGGAAGGCCUUCAACAGGAGCUCCACUCUCAACACUCACAUCCGGAUCCACGCCGGCUACAAGCCCUUCGUCUGUGAGUUCUGUGGCAAAGGCUUCCACCAGAAAGGAAAUUACAAGAACCACAAGCUGACGCACAGCGGGGAGAAGCAGUACAAGUGCUCCAUCUGCAACAAGGCCUUCCACCAGAUCUACAACCUCACCUUCCACAUGCACACGCACAACGACAAGAAGCCCUUCACCUGCGCCACGUGCGGCAAGGGCUUCUGCCGGAACUUUGACCUGAAAAAACACAUCCGGAAGCUGCACGACAACAGUUUACCGCCGGUCACCGACCCCUCUGCGGAGCUGUAG